GGAGGGUAGGAAGACAGAAUCUCUCUCUCUCUAUAAAGACUCUCACAAGAGCUUUUACUCCCAAGACUUCCCUCUCUCUUCUUCUUCUCCCCUCGUUUUCUCUUCCCUUACAUGCAAAAUAGAAUAGACAUGGAGCUUGGAUUAAGCUUGGGAGAUGCAGCUACUGCUUCAAAGCCAUUUGGGUUCAUGGAGAAAUCUACAAAGCUCACCAACAAAGCCAGUUUAGGGUUUUGCAUGGGCUUAUCAAUUGGUCAAAAUCACACACCACAAGAAGAUGAAGAUAAAGAGAAACACGGCAAUAAUGAUCAUAAAUCUGACAAUACAAACACAACAACAGCAGCAGAAGCCAAUAAGAGAAAAAGUCUGACAGUAGACACCACCGAUUCACCUAUCCAGCUCGAUCUUCUCCCUAACACUCCUGUCCCUCGUAACCGAAACAGCUCCCCCACUUAUGUGGUCUAUGAUAAUGGUAACAUGUCAAGAGGUUUUGAUGUGAAUAGAUUCCCUGCUGUGAUGGUUCAUGAAGAUCAGGCUGAUCAAGAUGUGGCUGCCCUUUCAUCUUCACCACCGAACAGUGCAACCUCUUCUUUUCAAAUGGAUUUUUGCAUGUACAGUAGUAAAGGUAGAAGUGAAUCACAUAAUGAAGCUGAUCAAGCUGAAAGAGCUUCUUCAAGAGCCAGUGAUGAAGAUGAAAAUGGUAGCGCUAGAAAGAAACUCAGGCUCUCUAAAGAUCAGUCUGCUUUUCUUGAAGAAAGCUUCAAAGAGCACAAUACGCUUACUCCUAAACAAAAGCUUGCACUUGCUAAAGAGCUUAAUCUCCGUCCUCGCCAAGUAGAAGUCUGGUUUCAAAAUAGAAGAGCAAGGACCAAAUUGAAGCAAACUGAAGUGGAUUGUGAGUACUUGAAGAGAUGUUGUGAGACAUUAACAGAAGAGAAUAGAAGAUUACAUAAGGAGCUUCAAGAAUUAAGAGCUUUAAAGACUUCAAAUCCAUUUUACAUGCAACUUCCAGCCACAACUCUCACCAUGUGCCCCUCUUGUGAGCGAGUUGCCACCACUUCCACCUCCACCGCAGCCACCACCGCCACCGCCACUCCCACAGCAACCACUGCAACCACCACCACCACAACCAAUAACCAGAACAACACCGCUGACCCCACAUCUAAAACCACAGGGUUGUCGCUUGGUAGUACAAGACCAAGGUUCUAUCCAUUUUCUCACACACAGACUCACCCCCACCAGCACACAGCAUGAUUAACGGGGAGAAUAUUAUAGGAAGGCCUUUGUUUUGAUAUGUACAUAUAUACAAGGCUUCUUGACAGAAUCUUGAUAGGUUAAUUUUGUCUCUUGAUUGGAUUGUUUUUUCUUCCUUCCUUCUUUCAAUUACACUGCGUUUUUUUC